CUAUAAAUACUCCCCUCUAACCCGGUCGACGGCUGUCAAAAUUUAAACAUAGCAACCUUUUUGGCAGUUGUCCCGUUGGUUCAAUAACAUCAGGCACUAUUGUUAUUUCGAAAAAAUGUGCGAACAAUUCUGUGAUAAAUUUGAGACAUUCAAUCCGGAGAUUGAAUUUGCCAAGUUUCAAAAACGCAAGCCAGUCGUGAGGACUGCCCAGCUCUAUGAGAAUCUGCACAAGCGUGAGGAUAUCAAGUGCCCCUACAGCUUUAAGGGAUAUGGCGUGGAGACGGACGCCAAUACAAUGUACCGCACUUGCAACUCGGAAUAUGGUUACUAUGCACCCAAUGCCUACACCAUCCCAAAGCGUUUUUAUCCCUUGCCCCAGAAUUUCUCCAAUGAAGUCGUGCGCUUCGGCAUGUAUCGCAAUUUCUCAUUGAACACGCACAUGGAUCGCACAUUCUACUAGGACUGGGUUUAUCCGAAAACCCUUCUACAAAUCAAAUCAAAUCACUCCUAAAACGUUUUAAAUUUCUACACACUUUUAUGGUUUUCUAUUCUAUUUAGAAUUUAGAAUUCUGGUCAACAAGUGCCUGCAUCUUUCUCGAACAUUUACCUUACAAAGCAACCUUCAAGAAAUCUAUCAAUAACAAAUUUCAAAAUGUAAAACAAACAAAAAAAUAAAUAAAAAUUUAAG